AUGGUACCACAGAGGAGAGGAAGUAGAAGACGACGACGACAAUCGCAUUUGACGCAGCAAUGUACUCGCGUCGUUUGUCUUCUGAUAUUGGGGAAAACGGCCUCCCAACCCGCUGAAGAAACGGUCGCCGCCUCGCUACCAUUGUCGCAACCACACCUUCGCAGACGUCACGACAACGGUAAUACCGUGGAACUUGUUCCGAAUGCGACCGUCCGUCUGCCUCUGCACGCCGUCGCGGGUACGCAUCACGUGACGGCUUGGAUGGGGGAACCGCCGCAGGCGCAAACGCUGAUUGUCGACACCGGGUCGCGGUUGACGGCGACCGCGUGCGAGCCCUGUUCGCAAUGCGGGACGACGCACGCACACCCGUUCCCCCAUUUGGACCCCCAGCGGUCCAGCACGCUGCGAUACACGCAGUGUGGAUCCUGUCUGCUCAGCGGCAUCCAGGAAUGCGCAGCGGAACAAAAGUGUGGUAUUAAUCAAAGGUAUACUGAAGGCUCCAGCUGGACAGCAGUGGAAGUCAGCGAUACGUUUGUCCUGGGAGGACCGGAGAUAUCCAGUUUGGAACAGUACGUGAGCUUUACGAUUAUCUUUGCGUUCGGAUGCCAGCAAAAAGUCAGGGGAUUGUUCCGAACACAGUACGCCAACGGUAUAUUGGGUUUGGAACGGUCCGACCUCUCGCUCAUUAAGCGAUUGUGGAAGGAAAAUGUCAUUCCUCGCGAGUCAUUCUCCCUAUGCAUGACACCUUUUGAAGGCUACAUUGGACUGGGAGGACCACUACGAGACAAGCAUACGGAAUCGAUGAAAUACACGCCGUUCACUUCCACUCAGAGUUGGUAUGCUGUCCACGUAGUCCGAGUGUUUGUAGGGGACGAAUGCUUGACAAGCAAUGACCAGCACGACACUGUUGUCGAGCAUGCAUUGGUCGAAGCCUUUGCAGAGGGCAAGGGUACUAUACUGGACUCGGGAACGACGGACACGUAUCUCCCCAAGGCAGUUGCGGGUCGUAUGCGAGAAAUAUGGGCGCGCCUUUCCAACACACCCUUUCAACCGUCGAGCACGUACGCCUACACAUACGAUGAGUUUAGAUCGCUGCCCAUCGUGACCUUUGAGCUCGCCAACAACGUAACCUUACAGGCCCUGCCUAAAAAUUUCAUGGAAGACCUUCCCGAGCCUUUGCGGCCCUGGACGGGACGGAGGAAACUAAUGAACCGCCUGUACGCGGACGAAGUACAAGGUGCCGUGGUGGGAUUGAAUACAAUGGUGGGCUAUGACUUGCUCUUUGACGUCCAAGGCAAUCGUUUUGGUGUCGCCCCGGCCCUAUGUGGAAUUGCGAACAGUACACCAGCAGCGACUCAUUAAAACGGAAGCGUUUGUAAAGGUUCUUUUGACAAUUAAGAAUCUUCGAUAUACUUAAUGGUCAUCGGGGUUCCCGUU